AUGGCCCGGGGUUCUCCGGCUCGGCGCCUGCUGGCCUGGAUGGCCCUGGGGUGCAUGGUGGGUGUGCAGGGCCUCUGGGACGGGGCCCUGGAGCCUGCGGGUCCCGGACGUGUGCUCAGGCGUGGCGGCCCCGGCCUCCUGCAGGGGCCCAACGUGUGCGGCUCACGGGUCCACCCCUACUGCUGUCCGGGCUGGCGGACAAGGCCGGGAGGGCACCAGUGCGUCGUGCCCGUCUGUAGACACGCCUGCGGCCCGGGUUUCUGCUCCCGCCCCAACAUCUGUGUCUGCGCCAGUGGGCAGCUCGCCCCCAGCUGCGGGGUGAGCCCAGGGUUGGGGUGCAGGGUGAGCUGCAUGAAUGGAGGCAGCUGUAGAGGAGACACUUGCCUGUGCCCUUGGGGCUACACGGGCACCGCCUGUGGACAGCCCGUGUGUGACCGUGGCUGCCACAAUGGGGGUCGCUGCAUCGGACCCGGCCUCUGUGCCUGUGUAUAUGGCUUCAUGGGGCCACAGUGUGAGAGAGACUACCGGACCGGACCCUGCUUUAGCCAGAUGGGCCCCCAAGGCUGCCAGCACCAGCUGCCCGGCCUCAUGUACACCAAAGCGCUUUGCUGUGCCACCGUGGGGCGCGCCUGGGGCCUGCCCUGUGAGUGGUGUCCUGCGCAGCCGCACCCCUGCCGCCGGGGCUUCAUUCCCAACAUUCACACGGGCGCCUGCCAGGGUGUGGGGUGUGUUGGGGGGCGUGGCCCGCAGCCGCGGCUCCUCCCACUGACGGGACUCUCGGGUCCGGCAGACGUGGACGAGUGUGCCGGGGUGCCCGGCCUCUGCUCCGGGGGCCGCUGCAUCAACACGGUGGGGAGCUACGUGUGCUCCUGCCCCCUGGGGUUCGCCACCAGCCAGGACGGAACCCGCUGCCUGGACCACCCUGCUGGCACCUGCUACUUGGCGCUGGUUGGGGGCCGGUGCGCAGGAGCCACCACCGAGCGCUACAGCCGCGGGGGCUGCUGCUGUGAGCGAGGCAGGUGCUGGGCAGCCGGAUCCCGCCCAGAGUUGUGUCCUGCCCAGGGUUCUGCCGAGUCCCUGAGACUGUGUGCUCAGGGGCCCCUCCCUGGCUUCGCAUCCGGUGCCUCGGGUCCUGGCCUCAGGUCUACACCGCAGGAACCGCCAGGCGCUGAGCGAGCGGUUCCUAGCAUGGGUCUGGACGGGACGCACGUAGGCACAGCCACGCUGAAUCAGACCUUGGACAUCUGCCUGCACUUGGCAAACCUGUGUGUGCACGGGCGCUGCCUGCCGACGCCCUCCAGCUACCGUUGCGAGUGCCACGCAGGCUACACGCAGGGCGUCGGGGGGCAAUGCAUAGACAUUGAUGAAUGCCGCAUCUCCCCUGAGCUCUGCGGCCCGGGCACCUGUCACAACACCCCGGGCAGCUUUGAGUGCCAAUGUCCACCCGGCUACGAGAGCAGCUUGGCACUGGAGAACCGCUGUGUGGAUGUGGAUGAGUGUGCCCGGGACCCCCAGCUGUGCCAGGCGGGCUCUUGCCUGAACACGGCCGGGAGUUUCUCCUGCCUGUGCCCCCCAGGACACUCGCUGACAGUGGGGCACUCUGCCUGUCAGGACGUGGACGAGUGCGCCGAGAGCUUGGACCUGUGUCCCCACGGCCACUGUGUCAACGUCGUCGGCACCUAUCACUGCACGUGCCCCGUGGGCUUUCGGAGCACCCCCGACCGCCAGGGCUGUGUGGACGUGGACGAGUGUGCGGAGACCCCCGGGAUCUGUGAUGGGGGUCAGUGCGCCAACUCGCCCGGCGCCCACCGCUGUCUCUGCCCGGUGGGGUUCAGGGCCACGCCGGACGCCAGAGCCUGUGUGGACGUGGAUGAAUGUGAGCUUGGGGGACCCCGCUGUGACCCCCACGCGGCCUGCCUCAAUGUCCCUGGGAGCUUCCGCUGCCGCUGCCUGCCAGGCUGGAGGGGAGAUGGUCACACGUGCCAUGAUCUGGACGAGUGUGCUGACCCCGUGCCCCGGUGCAGCGCGCAUGCUCGCUGCCUCAACACCCCUGGAUCUUACCGCUGCGCCUGCCGGCCUGGCUUCCUGGGGAAUGGCCUCUCCUGCCGAGAUGCCCGGCUGGGAACCUGUUACCUGGACCUACUGCCCCGAGGGGACGGGGACUGGUCCUGUGGCGCUGAGCUCGGGGCCGCUGUCCCCAGGGGGACGUGCUGCUGCUCCCUGGGCGGGGCCUGGGGCAGCCCCUGUGAGCCGUGCCCGGUGGCCAACACCACUGAGCACCGGACCCUGUGUCCCGGCGGAAUGGGCUUCCGGCCCCACCCUGUCACGUUCAUUCUGGAAGACAUUGACGAGUGCCAGAAGCUGCCGGAGUUGUGCCGGGGAGGCGUCUGUGCCAACACCUUUGGCAGCUUCCAGUGCGAGUGCCGGCCUGGCUACCACCUUUUGGAGGACACGCUCGUCUGUGCAGACAUCAACGAAUGUCUCCGCCUGGCGGGGAUCUGCUGGCCAGGGACCUGCCAGAAUAUCCAGGGUUCCUUCCACUGUAUCUGCCCGCCUGGCUUCCGGGAGCAGAAUGACCGCUGCCUCGACGUUGAUGAGUGCUCGGAAGAGCCCAAUCCCUGUCUCUUUGGAACCUGCACCAACAGCCGGGGCAGUUUCCAGUGCCUCUGCCCACCGGGCUUUGUCCUCUCUGAUAACGGACGUCAUUGUUUGGACACGAGGCAGAGUUUCUGCUUCACCCGUUUCGAGGCUGGCAAGUGCUCGAUGCCCAGAGCUUUUAACACCACCAAGUCUCGGUGCUGCUGCAGCAAGAGUCCAGGCGAGGGCUGGAACGACCCCUGUGAGCUGUGUCCUCAGGAGGGCAGUGCUGCCUUUCAGGAGCUCUGCCCCUUUGGCCACGGGGUAGUCCCAGGCCCAGAUGACUCUCAAGAAGACGUGAACGAGUGUGUGGAGAAGCCCCAGCUCUGCAGCGGCGGCCUCUGCAUCAACACCGAUGGCUCCUUCCGCUGCGAGUGUCCUCCCGGCUCCCACCUGGACGUGACGGGUCUCAACUGCGUGGACACAGACGAGUGCUCCGUCAGGCAGCCGUGCGGGGAAGGGACCUGCACGAACGUCGAGGGAGGCUUCGAGUGUGCCUGCUCCGAUGGCUUUGAGCCGGGACCCCUGAUGACGUGCGAGGACAUCGACGAGUGUUCCUGGAACCCGCUGCUCUGCGCCUUCCGCUGCGUCAACACGGAGGGGUCCUAUGUGUGCAUCUGCCCAGCAGGGUACGCCCUGCGGGAGGACGGCGCCAUGUGCCGAGACGUGGACGAGUGCGCUGCGGGGCAGCAGGACUGUCACGCCCAGGGCAUGCUGUGCAAGAAUCUCAUCGGCACCUUCGCCUGCGUCUGUCCCCCGGGCUUGCGACCCCAGCCCGGUGCUGGGGAAGGCUGCACAGAUGAGGAUGAAUGUGGUGCUGAGCCCCGUCCCUGCGCCAAUGGCCGCUGCAUCAACACGGUGGGCAGCUUCCGGUGCCACUGCAACCCCGGCUUCCGGCCCAGUCCUGCCCUCACCAGUUGCCACGAUGUCCGGCGGGGCCCCUGCUUCUCUGAGGUGCUGCCAGCGGCCUGCCAGUCCCGGUGGAGUGGCGGGGAGCCGGUCACCCACGCCGAGUGCUGCUGUGGGGGCGGCCGGGGCUGGGGGCCCCACUGUGAGCUCUGUCCCCUGCCGGGCACCCCCGCGCACAGGACGCUGUGCCCCCACGGCCCGGGCUACACGGCCGAGGGCCGAGAUGUGGACGAGUGUCACAUGCUCGCGUCCCUGUGUCCCCACGGCGAGUGCAUCAACAGCCUGGGCUCCUUCCACUGUCGCUGCCAGGCCGGCUUCACCGCCGACGCUGACGCCACCACCUGCCUGGAUGUGGACGAGUGUAGCCAGACCCCCAAGCCAUGCGCUUUCUUCUGCCACAACACCGAGGGCAGCUUCCUGUGUGCCUGUCCCCGGGGCUACCUGCCGGAGGAGGGAGGCAGACGCUGCGGAGACAUCGACGAAUGCUCAUCCCGGCGCCACAACUGCCAGUUUUUCUGUGUCAACACCAUCGGGGCCUUCGUCUGCCGCUGUCCCCCCGGCUUCACCCAGCACCACCAGGCCUGCUUCGACAGUGACGAGUGUCUGAGCCAGCCAGGCCUGUGCGGGCCGCAUGCGCACUGCCGCAACACCCCGGGCAGCUUCAGCUGCGAGUGCCCGAAAGGCUUCACCCCGGACAGAUCAGGCCGUGGCUGUGAAGAUGUGGAUGAAUGCAACGGGCCCCACGGCUGCCGGCACGGCUGUCAGAACGAGCCCGGGGGCUACCGCUGCCACUGCCCCCCAGGCUUCACUGUGCACUCCCAGUGGAGCCAGUGUGUGGAUGAGAAUGAGUGUGCCCUGUCCCCCGAGGCCUGCGGCAGCGCCGUCUGUCACAACACGCUGGGCAGCUUCCGCUGUGUCUGCCCCUCGGGCUUCGACUUCGACCAGGCGCUGGCCGGCUGCCAGGACGUGGACGAGUGCGCGUCGCCAGGGGUCCCCUGCAGCUACGGCUGCGCCAACGCGCCGGGAGGCUUCCUGUGCGGCUGCCCCCCAGGCUUCUUCCGGGCUGGGCAAGGGCACUGUGUCUCCAGCCCGGCCUUCAGCCGGGGCUCCCAGGACCCCCUAGAAGAAGGGGAACUGCAACCCUCUGAAGCCUGCUACGAAUGCAGGAUCAAUGGGCCCCCCACUCUGGAUCGGGCUCGGCGCAGCUUGCCCAGCGGGGACCAUCAGGUGAGCCUGGCCAGCCUGGACUCCACAGCCCCUCUGACUCUCAGCCUGGACGUCUCUCGCCUGCGCCAGGCCCGCCACGUCCUCGACCUGCGGUCUGCGCUGGCCGGCCCGGGGGCCUGGGGCUGCUACGUCAUUGUUGGGGGCACCGGCCGCCGCCUUUUCCGCCUGCGCCGCCACCGUCGGGGCCUCAGCUCCCUCCAGCUGCGCCGGAAGCCGGGGCCGGGCACCUACCAGCUGGACGUGGCCAGCGUAGCCAGGCCCGAGAGUCCCCGGCCGGAUAUGCGACUGGGCCCCCGGGCUGGGCCCCUGAGGCUAAAGUUGCGGUUCCAGGUAUUGUAGUGGGGGCCCCCCACCUCUGGCCCGGCCCCCACUCGCCCGCCUUCCCUGAGUCUCUUCCUCCAGCCCCUCGGCAAGGACAGUCCAGCCCGACUCUAUUCCGGGGAGUUUGAGGGAGCAGGGUCUUGACCGUCCUGCACAGCAGGGAGGCGCCCCAAGCCUGACCUCAGCAGCACCCUGCCCCCCUCUCUCUCACACACACAUACAUGCAAAUGCAUACACACCCUCCACACAAACACCCCCACACACAUACAUACACACAAUUACACAUAAACACCCACACACACAUACACAUACACACACACCAUACACACAAAUAUACAUAAACACCCAUACACACAUGCAUACAUACACAUACACACAAAUACACAUACACACCCCAUACACACAGACAUACACACAAAUACACAUAAACACUCACACAUGCAUACAUACAUAUAUACACACAAAUACACAUACCCAUACACAACUACAAAUACACAUAAACACCCCACACACGCAUACACACACGCAUACACACAAAUACACAAACACACACAUGCACACCCAUACACACAUGCAUAUACACAUAUUACAUACACAUGUACACACAUACACACACCCAUACACAUCCAUACACACAUCCAUACACACAUAAUGUACACACAUCCGCACAUUCACACACAUAUAAACACCUGUACACAUAUACCCAUAUACACACAUACACACGCACAUGCGCACACACACACACACAC